AUGGCGCCAAGUAGGAGAAAGACCAGCAGGAUCUCAUCACCAAAUUUCAAGCAUGAUUCCACCGACACAAACAGCAAAGAUCACCCGCUAAAACAAUUCAUCGGAAGCUCUCGGCUAUUCGAAAAACCGAUUUCAAGUUUCUACGGAUGCGCCUUUAAUCCCUUCAUUUCGAAAAACGAAAAUCCAAUUGCAGCGGCAGUUGGAGACGAAUAUAUCAGCAUUUACUCAUUUCCCCAGUUCCAGCCUGAAAUGGUAAUGAAGGCUAGGAUCCAGUUAACCAAUAAAGACAGUCUCUACACAGUCGCCUGGUGCUAUGACAAUCUGGACCCCAGGAAUCCGCACAAAAUUGUGACCGGUGGCGAAUCUGGGGUCGUUUACGUCCUAGACGCCGCGACGUCAUCCCUUGAUCGUCAGCUAGUUGGCCAUAUGGACGCUGUGAACGAUAUUCGAAGAUCUCCAAAGAACUCAGCGUUAGUGGCGACGGCUUCAAAGGAUUCGACUGUUCGCCUCUUUCAUAUUCGCUCAGAAUCGUGCUUGGACUGGUCUCUUGACGCUUCCAUGAUUGUCAGCUGUGGUCACGAUCAUCGAGUUGUCGGUUGGAAUUUGACUCAAAAUCCGAUAAAACGUCAUCUGAGAAGAUGCUUGAUGAUUGUUGAUCUCGGAUACAAGUUGGGAGUCGUAAAAAGUUUCCAAAAUGAGAAGCAAUGGGAGUUGGAGAAGCUUUACGACCUCGAAGGCCACUCUCUGAUCUUCUGUCGCCCAUCCCACGUCAUAUCCAACGUCCAUCACGGUACUGCCGACUGCGUCCGAACGGUCCAGCUGAACAACAAGACCUACGUUCUAUCCCGAAAUUGCGGAGGCGAUGAUCAAAUUUCGCUAUGGAGAUUCGGAAGAAUGAAUGAAUCUCAAAGAAGUGUUCCAUCGGAGAAGGGAUUCCGAGAAGAUCAUACACUUCUCGCCAAGAAAAAGAUGAUCGAUGGAGCGGCGUGGUUCGCAAAAUUUGAUAUGGAUCCCGUUCGAAAACGCUGGCUUUGCACAACUGGAGAUCGUGGAACUGUGCAUUUUUAUGAUAUGAGAAAUCAGUUCAACGAGAAUCCAUUCCAAACGAUCAAAGCAAACCCCAAAAGUGUGAUCACCCGCCAAGUGGCAUUUUCUCCCAACGGACGCAUCGUUCUCGUCGUUGGCGAUGGUGGAUUCGUUGGUCGCAUCGAUCGAAUGCCUGCUAGUGGACCAAAAGCGCCAAAGAACAUUUGGAAGAUGAUCAGAUGA